AUGACGGCCGACAGUCUUCUCAGCAUGGAUGGACACCAUCCGAAGGAUGGAAUCCGCCAAGUUUGGGCAUUCAACAAGGCGCAGCCUCCUACAGUCGACGAAUGCAUCCACACCACCAUCGCCUCGAGAAACGCCAGGCAGCCGGGCAAGGUAGUCGUUCAAGCGUGGGACGGACUGCUGACAUUCAGCAGCCUGAAUCAGCUCUCGGAAAGCUUAGCAGGUCACCUUGCUUCCCACGGCGUUGGCCCCGAGGUCAUUGUCCCGGUAUGUUUCGAGAAGUCCGUCUGGAUCGUCGUGGCGAUGCUGGGCGUGCUGAAGGCCGGCGGGGCUUUCACUCUCAUCGACCCAGGCCUUCCCGAGGAACGGGUGCGAAGCAUAUGCCUGCAAAUCCGAGCCAGGACGGCCGUCACAUCCAUCUCGUGCAGGACGUUGCUCGCGAGUUUGGCGGACAACAUUGUGGCUGUUGACUCGACGCUCUCGGAGCGUAAAUUUCCAACACUGCCCGUCUCGCCGUCCUCUCCGACGAAUGCUGCCUAUGUCAUUUUCACCUCGGGCAGUUCUGGACAGCCCAAAGGCUGCGUCGUCGAGCACCGGGCGUUCUGCUCCGCGGCUCUCACCCAUGGCUCCUUGCUCAACAUGGACCGCGAUACACGGUCUUUGCAGUUCAGUUCCUAUGCCUUCGGCGUAUGUCUGUUGGACGUGCUCGCCACCCUGAUCGUUGGCGGCUGCGUCUGCAUCCCGUCGGAAGAGGAACGCAGUGUCUCUCUGCUACCGGCAGCGAUUCGCAAGCUCGACGCAAACUGGGCCUUGUUCACCCCGUCGACGCUGGCUCACCUCCGUCCGGAAGACGUGCCGAGUCUGCGGACCAUCGUCCUGGGUGGCGAAGCUGUCCAGAAAUCGCAGAUUAAAGAGUGGUCCUCCCGGUUACACCUGAGAUACGGCUAUGGCUCCGCGGAAACAUGCGUGGCCAUGUCGUCACUGCAGUUGGGCCAGACUUCGGCUUCUAGCGACGUUGGACGUGUAGCCACCGGACGCUGCUGGAUAGUUGAUGAGGCGGACAUCAACAGUUUAGUCCCCGUCGGGGUGCCUGGGGAGCUCGUAUUCGAGGGGACGGCCACGGGGCGAGAAUACCUCCAUGACCCGGAGCAGACGUCUCGUGCCUUUAUACCGGCGCCGUCUUGGAGAGCCUCGUUUGGCCCUUGUGAAGCUGCUUCCCGAUUCUACAGGACGGGCGACCUGGCCGCGUUUAAGCCCGACGGAUCGAUCCAGCUUUUGGGAAGAAAGGAUACGCAGGUCAAGAUCAAUGGCCAACGUAUUGAGAUUGGCGAGGUUGAACACCAAGCAAAGCUGUCGACCCCCAUUAUAAAGGACGUUGCUGUGGAAUUUGCCGUGCUCAGCAGCAGCAGCAAGAAAAGUCCCGAGUUGGUAGGAUUCCUUGUGCUGGAAGACGACGAGCCGGGAGACGAAGCCAACCCCAAGGCCACAAAGAUGCGAGAUGCCAGCGAAGCGAGCUAUGAUAACCGGGCCAUUUCCGCCAUCCAGGGAGUCCAGGCAAGGUUACAAAGAGUAUUACCGCACUUCAUGGUGCCGUCUGUACUCGUCAUCUUACACAGUCUCCCGAAGACGCCAACGGGCAAAGUUUUCCGCAAGCAGCUCCGGGAGAUUGCCUCGGCGAUGCCGCCGCACCAGAUAGCGAGGCUUCGCUCAUUCGCGAGGGGGGACAUACAGCCGCCGCGCACAGAGCAAGAGGCGUGCCUGAGGGAUCUCUGGUCGCUUGCCUUGAACAUGGAUGCAGAUGUCAUCGGGGUUGACGACAACUUCUUUCUCCUGGGCGGCGACUCAAAGGCAGCGAUACGACUGGUGGGAGCAGCCAGCAAUAUCGGGCUCACGAUGGCUGUGGCGGAUGUCUUUCGGAGACCAGUGCUAUCAGCCAUGGCCCAGAUACAGUUUAUCAGGACCAAGGAGGACCCAAGCGCACAGCAUGUUGUGCCAUUUUCGCUCCUGAGAGACGCCAGACCGGCCGCCGAGGUUUGCAAAGAACUCUCUGAACUCUGCUCCAUAGACCAAUCGCUCGUCGAAGAUGCGUAUCCUUGCACGCCAAUGCAGGAGGGACUUCUGUCGCUCUCGUCGAAAGGCGUCGGCGACUAUGUGCAGCAAAUAGUGCUGGAAAUGUGUGAUGGGGUAGAGUUGGAUACGUUUAGGACGGCAUGGGAGCAUGCAUUUCGGUCAACAGCCAUUCUCCGGACCAGAAUUGUGCAGCAUCACCAACACGGCCUCGUACAAGUCGUGUGUAAGGACACUAUCGACUGGACGCGGCACAGCAACUUGGAAGACUACCUUGCCCGGGAUAGAAUGACGGUCAUGACUUUGGGAAGCCGCCUUUCACGCUACGCUGUAGUUGGAGACGAGAAGACGGCUUCAAGGCGUUUUGUCUGGACUCUACACCACUCGAUCCACGACGGAUGGUCGCUUCCUCAUGUGAUCGACUUGGUUGCUGAGGCAUACCGAAACAGGGGCCCCGUGAAGCGGCCAGAGUUCAACGUCUUUGUCAAACACGUCGUCGGCGAGCCGCGCGAGGAAGCCGAGGCCUACUGGCGAUCGUACUUGGCAGACGGAGAUUUCUCCCCUUUUCCCUGCCUGUCGCCAUCAAUGCGAGAGCCUGCGGCGAACUCGAGCCUGGAACUCAAGCAUCGGGUCUCACUCGGGCGGAACACGCAGCUGACCGCGUCGACACUGAUACGAGGAGCUUUGGCGAUCCUCAUAAGUCGCUACACCGCGUCCAAAGACGUCAUAUUCGGGGCCGUUUUGUCAGGCCGGAACGCCCCCGUCACGGGCAUCGAGAACAUCAUCGGACCUACCAUCGCAACGGUCCCCAUAAGAGUAAGGUUAGAGCCAAAUCAGUCCGUCCUGCAUUAUCUCCAGGCGGUGCAACAGCAGGCUACAGACAUGAUUCCAUUCGAGCAGAUGGGCUUGAAGCGAAUUGCAAAGUCAAACGGCAACGGCCAGAGCGGCUGUGCCUUUCAGACAUUGCUCGCGGUACAGCCAGAGAGCAGCAUCAAUAACGACGGCACCCUUGGACAAUGGAGGUUAUCCUCUGCUCAGCCAUCCGUCACCACGUAUGCUCUUGGGCUGGAGUGCUUCAUAGGCAGGGGAGAAGUGGCCAUCAAAGCCGUCUUUGACUCGGCGGUCCUGAGCGUGUGGCAAGCAGAGCACAUGCUACGUCAGCUUGACCUUGUUUUGACGCAGCUAGAGAGCGCCUCGCCGGAACAGAUGGUCAGCGAGAUUGUCGCACUCACAGAAGAGGACGAGAAAACCGUCUGGGCGUGGAAUCAAACGGUGCCCGGCGCGGUCGACCGCCUCCUACACGAUCUCGUCCGCGAGCAAGCCUUGGCAACACCAGAAGCUCCAGCAGUGUGUGGCUUGGAUGGCAGCUUUACGUUUGGAGAGUUGGAUGAGAUUUCCGCGCGCUUAGCAGCCCAUCUUAUCCAGCUUGGCGUCUCCCAGGGAACUUUCGUGCCUAUCUGUUUUGAAAAGUCGGCAUGGGCCGUGGUAGCGAUGAUGGGCGUUUUGAAAGCUGGAGGGGCAUUUGUUCCUCUUGAUCCCCAGCAGUCCGACGAAAAUCGAUUCCUCGUGUUGGGCAAGACGCAAGCUUGUGUUGUUCUGACAUCCGAAUCUUGCAGCAGCAUCUCGUUGCCAACAGGUUGCACGGCCCUCGCCGUAACGGAGGAUAAUCUCCGUAGAGCACCGGAACUUGACAAAGGUGUUAUCCCAUCAACCACCAAGCCAGAUUCUGUGGCAUACGUUAUAUUCACGUCGGGGAGCAUGGGUCAGCCUAAAGGCGUCGUCAUCGAACACCGAGCCAUUUCAAGUAGCUGUCUGCGCCACGGCCCCGUGUACGGCAUUGCUCCGACAUCCAGAGUUCUUCAGUUUGCCUCGUACACGUUUGACGCGUGUAUCUUCGAAAUCUUUAUGACGCUUAUCCAUGGAGGAUGUGUCUGCGUGCCAUCAGAAGAACAGAGAUUGGGGGACUUGACCAGCGCAAUGGACGACAUGUCAGUCAACACAGCGUUUCUUACUCCCACGGUGGCCCAGACUAUCCAACCCGAGAGCGUCCCCGCUCUCCAUACCUUGGUAAUGGGGGGCGAAGCAGUCGCCAAAGCCGAUUUCGAUAGGUGGGAUGGGUUGUCCAGGCGGUUCAACGGCUACGGUCCAACCGAGACGACGGUGAUAACAGUUGUUGACUCGUAUCGCAGAGACGCUGUCGGCAACAAUAGGAUCGGCAAGGCAGUUGGAUGCGCCGCUUGGGUGGUUGAUCCAUGGGACCAUCAGAGACUGGCGCCGCUUGGAGCCAUUGGAGAGUUGCUUAUUGAAGGUCCAUCGCUGGCACGAGAAUACCUCCAAGACACGCCCACGACAGCGGCGGCUUUCAUCAGUGAUCCUCCGUGGCUACUAGCAGGUUGUGGCGAGUCAUCCGGCCGGAAGGGAAGGCUGUAUAAGACUGGUGAUUUGGUUCGCUACAACCACGACGGCAGCUUGAGCUUCAUUGGCCGCAAGGACAGUCGCCUCAAGGUCGGCGGUCAAUGGUUGGACGUUGCCAAGAUGGAACACCAAGUGCGGAAUUGCUUGCCAUCAGGCACCAAGGCGGUUGUAGAGAUGAUAGAGCUGGCGGGCUCCAGGAAUAAGAAGAUGCUGGCCGUGUUUAUACAGACAUCCGGACAGGAAGACAGCGGCAACAAAGCAAACAGCACGGUGUUGGCGAUGCUACCGGUGGCAGCCGGGAUAGACGUAUUGCGUCUUCAACCGGACUUGGAAUCGGCCAUUUCCCUGAGCGUCUGGGUCAAUACGAUUUCCAUGGUCUACUUCGGCGUUGCUCGCUUUCCAGUCAUGGCAUCGGGGAAGACGGAUCGAAAACGGCUCCGCGAGAUGGCCUCGAUGCUUUCGUCACAGAAACUCUCGGAGCUUCAAGCAGCGGCUGGUCAGGGGAGCCGGCGACCGCGAACAGAGAUUGAGCGUCUCCUACAACAUUCAUGGGCUCAGGUACUCAACAUCAAAGCCGACAGGAUCGGUGUGGAUGACAACUUUUUCCAUCUUGGUGGCGAUUCAGUCACCGCCAUGCAGGUUUCUGCCAUUGCCCGGGCCUCUCUAAUAGAUGUAUCGACCGCGGACAUCCUUCGUAGGAGAACGAUAGCCAAGAUAGCAGCCACUGCGAAAGAUACACGGCAACUGUCAGUCAUGGAACUCGACAAAGGUACGAAAGAGAAUGACGCAGUGCCAUUCGACUUGAGCCCUAUUCAGCAGCUGUAUGUGCAGCAUGAGAGAAAUCACAUUGGGUCUUUCGACCAAAGCUUCUUCCUCCGGCUUUCAAGUCCGGUUCAAUACCGGUGCCUCAAGAAAGCAAUGGAGAUGGUCGUGUUAAGACACCCUAUGCUGCGAGCCCGGUUCAGCCAAACAAGCGCCGGUAAAUGGGAACAACAUGUUGUUGACGACCUCUCAAGUUCGUUGCAUAUAUGUCUGAACAACGGUAUGGACUCGUCGCCAACGGAAUUCGAAAAGGCUUUGGCAAUUCGUCGAUGCCGUGAGACGCUCGACAUCGAAAAAGGUCCGUUGGUCGCAUCCGUGGUGUUCAACGAUGCGGACGCCACGAGCAUCUUCAUCUCUGUACACCACUUAGUUAUCGACUUGGUAUCGUGGCGCAUCCUUCUACGGGAGCUGGAGUGGCUACUCAGCUCCAAUCACACCCCUUUGCCGCAAACGUUGAGUUUCCGAGCAUGGUGCAAGUUGCAAGCGCAGUAUUCCGCUCACAAUCUAGAAUCUGUCGCGCCGGCUCUGGAUUCCACGUUGCCGCCACCGCUCUUGUCCUAUUGGGGCGUCGACAAGGACUCGAAUACCCAAGAAAAGACUGUGAAAAGGGGGUUCAAACUCGAUGAAUCAACAAGUACGGCGGUUCUCGGCCGCUGCAACAAGGCGUUCGCAACAAGGCCCGUCGAGUUGCUGAUGUCAGCUCUUAUCCAUUCUUUCAGUGCCACAUUUGCGGAUCGUCCGCCGCCGACCGUCUUCAGUGAAGGCCAUGGCCGCGAGACGUGGGAUCGUGACAUUGACAUUUCGAGCACAAUAGGCUGGUUCACGACGCUGUGGCCCGUCCAAGCGCACCAUUCCGCUGACCAGAGCCUCCUCGACACCACUCGCCGGGUCAAGGACGCCAUCAGGGGACUGUCUAUGAAUGGCUGGGCGUACUUUACGUCCAAAUUCGCAAAUGAAGAGAAGGCCAGGGUCAACGCUUCAGAUUUUCCAGUUGAAGUCAUAUUCAAUUUCGCCGGCUCUUUCCAACAAUUUGAGCGAAGCGAAUCGGUCUUUGAUCCUUUGCCAAUUCCAGACGAAAGUCACCCGUCUGCCUUCUCGGAGCUAAAGCGGUUCGCACUGUUCGAUAUUGCUGCCUCCAUAAACAAGGAGUGCUUGAAUGUAGACUUUGUUUAUAGCGCUGAGUCACGUCAUCAGGAUAGAAUCCUCGACUGGGUAGAGCAGUAUCAAGCCGAAUUACAGCAACUCGUGGAUAGUCUCGGCGACAGACCUUCGGAGUGGACACUGUCUGACUUCCCGAUGGCUUUCAAGUCAUAUGAUGCCAUAGACUGGUUCCGAAAUUGCCUGCUGCCGCAACUAGGUAUCCUCGACACUGGCGACAUCGAGGAUAUCUACCCCUGCUCACCGAUGCAAGAAAGAAUAUUGAAGGCUCAGGCUCAGGACGCUCAUCGGUCUCGAAUUGCCUUUGACAUCGAGAUCACGGCAAGCAGUGGCAGUGACGACAUCGACCUGACAAGGGUCGAGCAGGCAUGGCGGGCUGUUGUGCAAAGACACGCUCUCCUACGUGCCCUGCUCGUAGACGGCAUGCCAGGAAGUGGUAGAAGCAUCAGUAUUGUCCUCCGGAACCCAGUAAUCAGCAUAUCCUACAUCCGGGCCCAGGACAAGGCUCUGCAGCGGAUAGACGGGCCGCCGCCGAUUCCUUACAAGCGAAAGUGGCUGCAACAUCACCUGACUGUGUGCCGCGUCCAUGAGAAGCACCUCAUUCUUCACUUUGACAUGAACCACGCUAUCUUGGAUGGCCAUUCGGCAUUCAAAGUCUUGAUAAAUGACUUUCGGCGGGCAUACGCCGGACGUCUUGACACGACGGGCGCCCCGUACUCUCGAUUUGUCCAGUACAUCGAACAGCAGCCAUGGGAAGCCAAUCACGCAUACUGGACGAAGUACCUGCAUACUGCAGAGCCUUGUCUGAUUUUCAACCCUUCCGAUGCCAAACGCAGCAGGAGCGAUAGCAUAGUGUACAUCCCGGGCCUCGAUGCCGGCAUGAUCAACUCAUUCUGCACGAGAUGGGAAUUGACAAAAGCUACCAUAGUCCAGGCGGCCUGGGCAAUGGUGUUGAAGAUGUACACGGGGGCUCCAGCAUCCUGUUUCGGCAUGUUCACCUCGGGACGGGAUGCGCCUAUCGAAGAUGCAGAUCAAAUAUUCGGACCUUUGAUGUGUUUGAUGCCUCGUCGCAUACGACUUGAUGGACGCCGCUCAGUCGUCGAGACUCUGAGGGGGAUCCACGAGGACUACGUCAGAAGCCUUCCAUAUCAGACGCAUCCCGUAGCGGACAUGUGGCAGGCCUUCGACAUUGAUCCACCCGGGCUGUUCAAUACCAGCUUUUCCUACCAAAGGGGCAAGAUUGAUGACGUUGAGGUCGAGUUUGGACACGCUUGUCGCUUCGGAGAGAUUCGAACGUACUCAGGGUCCGAUAUUGUGAUCCAAGCGAGGGAUAAUGGCACAGCCUCCACCAUCGUCUUGUUCCUCCGGCCAGAUUUUAUUUCCGACUCUGAGGCGACGACACUUGCCAGCGCUUUUAGUAUCGCAAUUCGCUGCAUCAUCUCAGAUCCAGACAGAGCAAUGGACGACAUCGAUUUGAAGAGAGAGACUGGUAUUCAACGCCUGACGGCUUUGUUUCAAGAUGCUGAAAAUGAGGAGAGAAACAAAGGGAGCGUGAGUUUGUGCCCAUAA